UUCUGCAGGGAGCACACGGCUCUCUUGGAUUAACUUCAUUCAUCACAGACAGCGUACCAUUUAUUGAGAGAGAAGACCCAAAGAUCACAGCAGCAUGGGGAGCAGCAUCUCAUGUGUCCCUGAGCACAACUUUAGAUUCUCCAGCAAGAGUUUCAUUCGCAGAAACAGCAGUCGCCUAUUUCGCAAGAAAAAUCCCCAAGAGGGACAGGAGAAGUCCAACAGCAUCAUCAAUAUUCUGUGCACAGUCACCCCCAGAAAGGAAAUGUCCCCUAAAGAUCUGCAGACGAUAGAGAACAUAAAAUGGGAUCCUCCGUUUCCCUACGACCUGGCCAGUGGCUGGAAGAAAAGCAGUAUCAAUGUGAAGAAUUACGGACGGAUGAUUCACAGUGCUAAAGUUCGUUUCCGUUUCCUGCACUGCCAGGAUAUCCAUGACUGCUACCUGGAUCUCUUCCAAACACAUCUUCAUUUUGUCUCCAACAACACAACUGGACUGACAUACCAGGGUACUCUUCCUUUGAAAGAGCUCACCAUCUGCAACCUGCAACAGAACUGCAAUCACAGCCAACCCCAAGAAUUCGCCUUCCAAAUAAAUGGUGUCAGCCUCAACCCCAUCAUCAUCUACUGUGCCAGCCAAGAAGAAAUGGACAUGUGGUUUGAAUUGCUCAAAGAAAAUAUUGAGGCUAAUGGAGGCGCUGCAAUCGCACCUGAAAACUACACCAGAGUUAGAGUAAACCAGGACAAGACUUCUGAAGGAAGAGAGGAGCUAAGAAACUCAAUCAACAGAGAACCCAUUUAUGAGUGGGAGGGCUCUCAGAGGGACAGUUUGGGCCCCAUCACCUUCGUCACCAAAGUCCGACUGCAGCACCUGCCCUGCCAGGAGCAGAGUGAUAGACUGCUGGUGAUGUACCCAUCGACCCUGAUCAUCCUAUCAGAGGAGAACGAUGGCCUCUUCUAUAAGGGCAAACUUCCACUCAACAUGAUUACUGUGACCACACCCUGUCAAGACGUCAAGCCCAACACCUUUAUGAUUGAAGGGAAACUGAUCAACCCCAUAGUUGUGUCCUGUCUGGAUAGGACUGAGUUCUGUGAUUGGAUCCAGUAUUUCAAAGCCGCUGACGUGCCUGUUCUCAGCCCCCCACCCCCAGUCUAUGACAUCAUCUACACCCCAACAAAAACAGAGGCUCCACAGUUUGACAGAUGGAGUGGAAACAGCCAAGGAAAAGUGGGAUCUGUUAAGUGGACCCAGUCAUCGAGUGCCCAUGGGUCCCAGAACCUUCAGUUACCUGUUCAUGGAGACAACCCUCUUUCACCAGGAUACACUGAACCUCUCUGUUACAGUUCCAGCCGUCCCUCCUCAACCGAGACUGCUCGGCUGGGCAGCAGAACCAACAGCGUGUCUUCCCACACCAGGCCAGAGCGUGACCCACGUCCUUUGUCGCUACGCUACUCCUCCCCCCAGCACACCUCCUAUCCCCAGCCUGCAGAAAGCUCUGUGUCAUCUCAGGUCUACAGCACACCUUACUCUGCCCUGCAUCAACCCAGUCCACAGCGACCAGAGAAAGCCCCACUUGUCAAGUCUAACAGCUGGAGCACACCACAAACAUCCCUGAACUACUCCCUAAAUGUCCCACAGCGCCACUCAGAUAUGUGUGCACGACAGCCCUUGUCACCCCUGUACGAUGAGCCCUGCAGUCCAGAAAUCUACUCCCUAGAGGAGGCCAGGCCAGUGCAGAAAAGCUGGCAUGAACCUCAUCAGCAACGACACCACCAUCAGGACUCCCAGCUCCCCCCCUACUCCUUUCAGCUCCGCACCCCUCCACUGGGCAGGCGCUGCAGGAGAAGCCUGGUCCUGACCAACUCCCUGAGCCUUAACAUGGAAACUCCCCAAAGCCAAGCAGAUCAGAGAGUAGAGGCUGUUUCGAGGUUAAAGCUGCUGCCUGUACCCAGCCAAGUGCAAGAGCAGAUGGUUUUCCCGUCGAACUCUGUAAGAAACACUUCUCAGAUGCCUUAUGGUUACUCACCAGAUCACCAUUCGUACCUCAAAUCCACAGAUCCAGAGGACCAGGAAAUGGACUAUGACAACAUUUGGGAUUAUGAGGGUGAGCCUGGAAUGAUUCAGCCAGCGUCUGGAAUUUCAACUCAGUGGACAGGAUUAAACUUUGGGGCCCAAGGCCCCGGAGCCAUGGCAACCCAGCAGAGAUGGUCAUAAAACAAAACAAUAGCCCGGCACUCGUCUGGACAUGUGCAAACAACAGAUCGCUAUCAGAGGGAUAAUAAAAGCCAACAAGCACAGUAUGGAGCAACGAAUCCCAGAAAAUGCUUCAUCAGGUGUUAGACAGUCAAGCAGAGGAGUGAAGGGGCAAGUAUGAAAGGAAAUGGCAGAAACAACAGUACGAGAGUGACAGUUGUCUAAUAUGUAGCAUUCAAAAGAGAAGACAGCAGCGUGUACUGUACAUUAUGUAUAACUUUAAUGUUAUUUUUAUUAUUUACCAAGUAAUAGUAGCAGUAAAGGAUUUUCUAAUGGGCUGUCUUUAUUUUUAUUUUUUUUAUUUCUAAUUUACACAAUAAAAAUCAUUUCAUCAGGCUUGUUAUAGUAAAGAAUGUAUGUAUAUUUUGUAAAUUUUGUACAUUUAUUAUUUUAUUAUGCUGCACUGUUAGGGCAAUUAGAUGUGGCAUAACCAGUGCUAAUAUUAGAAUAACUUCUGCACAAUACUGAUACCUGUGUGACUUGUUUUUCUAUUAUUGUUUGAUGUGUUUAUUUAUAUUUGGAAAUAAAACUAAAAAUCAA